UGUUUUUUUUUUUUAACAGCGGGAAACAGUUUUAAUUAAAUUUAAUUUAGAGCUAGUCUAAGAUCCCUAUCUUAAUCUACGUGGCCAUGCUUUCAAAUUUUAAUUAAAAAUUGCAAAAGCUAGAUCUAGAGUCUUAGAGAAUCUAGAUAGUUGAAUUGGUGUUGAGUUUAAAUAAUAGACUAAAUUGUCUAAAUAGAUCUAGAUCUAGAUCGAGUUAAAUAAUAAAUUUUUAAAUUAUAAUAAUAAAAUAAAUAAAUUAUUAAUUUAUAGUUAUAGAUCUAGAUCUAUUGUCUAUAAAUUAUAUUAUCAUUAAUAAGCUCAGUCUAGUCUAGUUAAUCUAGAUUGUAAUUGUAGGUCUAGUUCUAGUUGAUAGUUGUGUUCUAUCAUAAUGUAGUCAUAGAUGAGUCUAUACUUAAUACUUAUCAAUCUUAGUCUAGUCAGUGUGAGUGUAUUGUCAUAGUGUCGUCAUAGUGAUAGUCUAUUCUAUAGUCGUGACUAUAAGUACUAACUAGAGACUGAGUCUAGUCUAGAAAAUCUACUCAAACUCAAAACUAUGACAGGUCCACCUACAAAACGCAGCAGUUAUUUAGAAUGGGAAGAGUAUUUCAUGGCUAUUGCAUUUCUAAGUGCACAAAGGAGCAAGGACCCUAGAACACAGGUAGGAGCCUGCAUUGUCAACCAAGAUAAGAAGAUUAUUGGUAUUGGCUACAAUGGUAUGCCUAAUGGAUGUAGUGAUGACAAAAUGCCCUGGAACAAAGCAGAGAAUGAUAACGAAGAAAGUUGGUUGCAAAGCAAAACACCUUAUGUUUGUCAUGCAGAACUAAAUGCUGUCCUCAAUAAAAAUCUGGCAGAUAUCAAAGGCUGUAUAAUUUAUGUAGCUUUGUUCCCAUGCAAUAUGUGUGCUCAAAUCAUCAUCCAGUCUGGCAUAUCAGAAGUCAUUUAUUACUCUGAUAAGUAUCAUAAUCAAGCCAAGUUCAAGGCCUCCAGACAUUUGCUAGAUACUGCUGGGGUGAAGUACAGGCAAUUCAGACCUCGUCAAAAACAAAUAGUUAUAGAUUUUAAUUGCAUUGAAGAGUUACCAACUAUGUCUGAAAUUGGUAACUCAUCAUCCAGUAGAAACGUAAAUGACACCACCGAGGAAGUUAUCCACAGAAAUGUUACUGAUGAUAGAAAAGAAGCAUUUAGUGCCAGUAACGGAAAACCAACUUAUAACCUAAAUCAGAACCUAAACAGCAACAGUAAAAGUGAAUGUGAUGGCAUGGCCAUCAACAACAACAACAAGGGAGUUUCUCAAGCUUUCAGUCUUGAUGACCACGUACAGCAUCAACAGAUUCACCAAGUUGACGAUGGGCCAGUACAGAUCAUGCCCGUGCCUACUUCCCCAGAAGUGAGAGAUGAGUAUCUGGAAUACAAAUUUGCGGUGGUUUCUACAUUUGUUAUAUUAUUUGUGGCUUUCUUUAGCUGGUAUUUAUCUCAUUGUAAGUUAAUCAUAAGUAGCGUAUAACUACUUUUGGGAAAUAAGUAGUGUGAAAUCACAGCUGGAUCACGAGUGCACCGCCAUGGCAUCGGAAUUAAAUAAUGGUGCUAAACAUUGGGUUUAGCACUUUCAUACUAUCAUAGGUUAAAAAGAUUGAAUGGUCUACCAAAAUUUUUAAAGCCAAAAUAAAAAUUACAUUUCAAUUUAUUUGGUGUAAAGAUUUUCUUAGCGUCUGCCAUUGGACAUUUCAUAAGUGUUGGUGCAAGCAGCUAGUGCAAUUUAAAAGGGGAUGAAUAAACUUAAUAAUUUUUACUUUGAAAAUGGGGUUCUAAAGUGUGUGUGUGUGUGUUAUAUGUAAAAGGCUGAGGGGGCUUAUUUAUUGGUAUGAAAGUUUUUAGAUUUUUAAAAUAGGGUAUUCAUAUAUUUUGUUAAUAAAAUUGUUUUAAUUCUAAAAUGUUUUAUGAGUAAUAAUUAUGCAGAAUCUUUUUUUUUAGUUUAGCUGCCUGAUCAUGUAAUUUUUUUAAAGGUUUGUUAAACAUUUGUCCCAAUGUUUGUUUCUCUACGCAUUUAAAAUUUUAACCUCAUUGUCAUGUAAAUAUUUUACUUUAAUUACAGAUUGAGUCCAUAAUCUUUUCUGGGCAUUUCUUUUUAUUGCUUAUUUUCCUUAUUGAUUCUAAUGAAAUUUACAAAUGGAAAUUAUGAUAUUUUGUGCAUAUUUCGGUAUAUGUUCAUGCUCUGCAAACCUAUUGUGGAGCUAACAAUCUUUUGUUCCAAAAACACAGAAUAAAUGAACUGCAAAUCCUAA